UUCCCUGAAAGUAUUUAUUUCGAAAAUCAUUUUUCCAGAAAUGAAAACAUGGGGAAAGAACGGAAAAGGAAAGCAAAGAAAACCACUUCAGCAGCGAAAAAGAAAGGAUCUUCCUCUGAACAUAGUGAAAAACCUUUGACAGACUCAGGCAAAUCUGAUAAUGGUGGUGAAACUGAUCUGGUUCAAGAAAAUGAGAAAAUAAAAGGAAAGAAUAGAUACAGCAUAAAAGAUCUACUAAAGCAGGUAGACGAGUGUCUUGAUAAUUUUAAUUAUGAAUUGGCAGUGAAGUUCUGUGAGAGAGCUCUUUGCAUUGAACCUGAUAAUAUGGAAGUAUUGGAAAUGGCUGGAUCAGUAUACCUUGAAACUGGAGAUAUGGAUAAGGCAAAAUCAUGCUUUGAAAAUGCUGUAAGGAUAUCUCCAGACCAAGGUUAUUCAAAAUACAUGAAUCUUGGUCAGUUGUUGGAGGGUCAAGAAGCAGUUGCCACCUUUAAAAAGGGAAUUCAGUUGAUGAUUGCUAGCAAAGAUAAUGAAUCUUCUCAAGCAUCUGCAAGUGAUAGCAUGGCUGCAUCAUCCAAUGAAAUAUCAACAGCUUACUGCUCCCUGGCAGAAAUGUAUCUCACUGAUGAAUGUUUUAAAGAAGAAGCAGACAGCAAGUGCUAUGAAUGCUGUCAGAAAGCUGUUGAAUUCGACCCAACCAACCCUGAAGCCUUUCAGCUGAUGGCCAGCUGUCUGGUGAGUCAGCAAAACAUGGAUGAGGCACAGAAGAUGCUAGAUAAGAGUCUGGAGCUGUGGCAAGGAAAAGAUGAAGAACUUCCUGAGGCACCAGUGCCUCCAUAUGAAACCAGAAUUACAACAGCAAAGCUGCUGAUUGAGUUAGAAAAUUAUGAGACUGCUGGUUCAGUCCUCGAAGAACUUAUUGAGGAAAGUGAUGAAGUUUCUCAGGUAUGGUAUUUACUCGGCUGGUUGAAUCAUAUCACAAAUCAGGACAGCAUAAGCAUCAGAACGUGCCUGGAACAAGCUCAAAAACUUUUUACACAAUUCGGAUGUGAUGAUCAGCCUAUGAUGGAUCACGUGACUGAAAUGCUGGCAAGUUUACCUGAAGUUGAAAACCUGGGUGAAGAAAAUGGCAGCUUGGAAGACAACUCUGACGCUGAUGACGGCGAAGAAGAAGAAGAAGAAGAAGAAGAAGAAAUGGACAUUCAAUAACAAAAACGUAUUUUAAUA